AUGGCUCCUCCUCCAAACGUCAAAUCAGAAGAAAUAGUUGAGGAGUCCAUGGCUUACCAACUUGAUAAGCGUCCCAUCUCCACCAUCGUCUUCAUCAUCGGGGUUGACAGUGUAGGCACAAUUCCUGCAUCUCUUGUGACGUAUGCUUCUAUUCAAGCAUUAAAGCCGGAUCUUAUCAUAAAUGCUGGCACUGCAGGUGGUUUUAAGGCAAAAGGAGCUUGCAUUGGUGAUGUGUUUCUUGCAUCAGAUGUUGCUUUCCAUGAUAGAAGGAACCCUAUCCCUGUUUUUGAUCUGUAUGGAGUUGGUUUGAGGCAGGCUUUCUCAACACCCAAUCUUUCGAAGGAGCUUAACCUAAAGGUUGGCAAAUUGUCUACUGGAGACUCUCUAGAUAUGUGUCCACAGGAUAACGCAUUGAUCAUUGCAAAUGAUGCAACAACUAAAGACAUGGAGGGAGCAGCAGUUGCCUAUGUGGCUGAUCUUCUGAAAGUCCCUGCAAUAUUUAUAAAAGCUGUGACUGAUGUCGUGGACGGCGACAAGCCCACGGCGGAUGAGUUUUUGCAAAAUUUGGCAGCAGUGACUGCUGCACUGGCUGAAACAGUCCCCCAAGUAGUCGAUUUUAUCAAUGGGAAGUGCCUAUCCGAACUUUGAUCCUUCGUAUGCUGCUCUUCUUCAUGUUUCAGCAGAUAAAUAUGUGACCAGUGUGUCUUGAGGAUUUCUACCAAAAUGCUCUCCCCAUUUUUGCCAGAAGCAGAUCAAUUUCUUCUUUCAGCGGAAAUGUAUUCUUGUGUUCUAAACAGCCAUCUUCCACUGCUGCUGUUUUAUGAUUGUACGUCAUAUUUAAGAACCAAAAACUGAUGAGUCUCCAAGGUGCAUAACAAUGUGCACACACACGCCCAUGUAUUAAGAGACCAUUGGCG